GACAUCUAACGAGGGGCCGCCACCGCUGCAGUUUUGAAGUUUUUGCAGAACAAAAAGUGGUUCUCGACCGCGAGUGAGAGGCCGUAUAGAGACUGCACACUGUUUUAGUUCUUAGUGCUUCACUAUGAGCGUGGAAGACGUCAGGAGGAGACGGGGGGGAAGCAGCAAGCAGUGGGGCGGACUCUCCGGACAGUGCGCUGAGCUCGCUAACUGAAGUUCCCCCCGACGAUGACCGCCCAAAACCAGUCCAGAUUGUAGUGGCCAAGCUGGACCACACAUUUGAGCUGGACCACGAGGCUCUGGAGGAUAUCCUCCUCUCGGAUGAGGUCCGAGAUAGGAAAGUGGUCGUCAUCUCUGUCGCCGGGGCCUUCCGCAAGGGGAAGUCGUUUCUCCUCGACUUUCUCAUUCGAUACCUGGACAGAGAGGUGGGGGAGGGAUGGUGGAUGGGGGAGGAGGGGGAGGAGGGGGAGGAGCUGACUGGGUUCACGUGGAGAGGAGGGAUCGAGAGGGAUACAACUGGCAUCCUCAUGUGGAGCAAGCCCUACAUCAUCCCACUACCCAACUCCCGAGAAGAGGUUGCUGUCCUACUCCUGGACACCCAGGGUGCCUUUGAUAACCAGUCCACAGUGAAGGACUGUGCCACCAUAUUUGCCCUCAGCACCAUGGUCUCCUCUCUUCAGGUCUACAACCUCUCUGGUCUAAUACAGGAGAAUGAUCUUCAGCACCUACACCUAUUCACUGAGUAUGGUCGACUGGCCAUGGAAGAGAACUCUGGCAUCAAACCAUUUCAGGUAAAAAGAAACAUUCUCUGUGUUGCCUUGUGCGAGAUUGGAGCUACCCCUAUGAUCAUGAGUUUGGAGAGAAGGGAGGCACAGACUAUCUUAAGAAAGUCUUACAGGCAAGCAAGUUCUCUGAGCACGGACUAUUACAUAAGCUUACCUCAUCCCGAAGAUAUUGACUCCAGUUUCAAGGAGAACCUAGCCCAGCUGGUCCCUCUCCUGGUCUCCGGGGAAGGGCUCAUGGUCAAGAAGAUCAACGGGAACCCCGUCACUGGCAGCGGACUCCUUGACUGCUUCCAGGUCAGCUGGUUCUACUAGUGUGGGUGGGUGUAUGCUCUCUUACUGCAUGUUCAUGCAUAUCCUGUUGUCUGGUGUGCUCAAAGGUCUACAUGAAAAUCUAUCAAAGUGAAACGCUCCCCGAACCGAAAUCAAUGUUGGAGGCUACGGCUGAAGCCAACAAUCUGAAUGCCCAGAACGCCUCCAGAGACAGAUACAUAAAGGAAAUGGAAAAGGUUUGGAAGUCCUCCCUUAUUUAGCCCUGAACUACAGGGGUUCCCCUCAUUUGCAUGCACACUGUGUCCAUCUUUCUCUCUCUCGUCUUCAGCUGUGUGGGGCUGAAACUCCAUACCUUGCUCCGGAGAAACUCGAGGCAAAGCACAAGGAGUUGACCCAGCUUUGCCUGGAGCAGUUCAAAACCACCCGUAAGAUGGGUGGCGAGGCAUUCAGCGCAGCUUUCGAGGAGCGUCUUCAGAAAGAGAUGAUGGAGGCGUACGAGUCUUUCCUCAAGCGAAACGAGAGCAAACACAUCAUGAAUGCCUACCGCACGCCGGCAGUUCUGGUGACUGUGAUGGCCGUGUCUUACUUCAUCUCUAGCAUCCUGGACAUGAUGGGCAUCGAGUUCCUCUCGCAGUCUGCUAUCUUUGGUCUCUACAUCCCCCUUCUCUGUGUCCUUCUCUGGAGCUACGUGAGGUACAGCGGGAACUUCAGGGAGGUCGGUCAGGCCAUCGACAACGUCACUGCCGUCGUCUGGGAAAAUGCUCUGCAACCGCUCUAUGCCAAGUUGAUGCAGAAGGGCCUCCAACAUGCUGUCAAGAUAGGGACUGGGAAAUCGAAAACCGAAUGACCCUCUGAUUCGCAUGCUGUGUAUAUUACGCAUGGUUAUCUUUAGGAGCUUAUCAUUUCAUGCACCCAACACUGUCUUACUCCAGUCUGUAUAUCUGAUCUCUCCCCCCAUUCACCAUCUCACUCAUUCACUAUAUUGCACUAUAAUUCACUGAUACUA